UAGGAUGGUCAAAGGAAACUACAGUCGAGUGUCUGAAUACUUAUGUAAAUAAGAUCUGUUUAUUAUCUGUAAUAAAUGUGAUUUAUUUUAAUAUUAUUAUUUUGGGGCAUGGUAUGCAGACUAAUGUCAAACAUUUGAGUCUGUAACACAACAAAAUGUGGAAAAGUGAGAAGUCUGAAGGCACUAAAUACUGUUGAGUCCGUGUUGUUCUGAGAAGAGGAGCAGAGAGCAGGGAGCCACUGGUAGCGUCAGGUUCCACCUGAUUGGUCAGGAUUGGGUCACUAUGAGUGUGACAGAGAAGGGGGGGUUGGGGCGUUGAAUAGGACGCCCAAUUCCGAUCCCUAUGGGGACUGAUCACUACUGAUCCCUAUGGGGACUGAUCACUGUAUCGUGUUUUUCAGGAUGGACAUAGUUUGAUUGACAUUGAUUAGUAAGAAAUAUACACUUGCAGGACACGCAAAUGAUAUUUUUUUGAGAGGAUAUAAAUGAAAAUGUGUUUAAUAACUGCAUGUCCCUUCAAUCCUCUCUUGUAAGCCCUUUUGUCUUCAUCCCUUCAUCGUCUUAUCUGAUGGGCAGAAAGAUGAGCUAAAUUCCUGACAUGCCUGCGCCUGCCCACUUCCAAAAAACAUCACCGACAUGGAGCAAGUGAAGAAGAAGAGAAAGAUUGGGGGAAGAGACAAUGACAGAUACAGGGAGGGAAGAGAGGUUAAACAAGAUAGAUACUUACAAUUUAUAAACAGCAGGGUGAAAAUAAAGUGUAGGAGAAGCAAGAACUGGCUUUACUAAGACAAAAAAGCCAUGAAAAUAAUACAAUAGACACACCCAUUGAGUCAGUGGUGAGCAGCAGAUGGUUUGUGUAGGUUUUUUUCUAAAUGAUGAAUUGUGAGUGCUUCAGUGGUUACAGAUGUUCACUUACAGCAUUCACAGAUGCCUCAUCACCACUACAAACCAGUAGCACAGUGUCACACAACCCCCACAAAACGGAAUUUAUUCAGCUGAAGUAGGCCUACAUAUUCAGACCUACUCACUGGAUAACAUGAAACCCGAAAAACUUAAAGAUGAAUAUCAGCGCAUCCUGGCAGACAGUGAGCAAUAUCUCACCUUUAUUCAUAACUACAGAGAACAACUGGUUUCUAUGGACAUGAAGAUGAAAGACAUUCAGUCUAAAGUGUUGGAUGAAAAGAAAAAUGUAGGGGACAGGAUCCAGACCCAGAGACGACCCCUUCUUCAGUACAAACAGAUUAGCAUAAUGGAGGAUCGCGUUAAACAGGCAACCACCAAGUUUAACAAGCUGCUUUCUAGAAACCAGGUGUUACGCGAUGAAAUUGACCACCUGCGUCUCCAGAGAAACAAUUUUACUAAGAUAUACCUGCAACUGAAGAGAGAACUUGAGCAUCAGAAUAACACCAUGGAAGAUCUAGUUGAGAAGUCUGUCCUGGCAUAUGACCAAAGGUCUGAGGCGUUGGCUCGGAUGCUCGCUGUGAGGGAACACAGCAAGAAGGACACAUCCCUCUGCCACACCGAGAUGACUGACCUCAAGAGGGUCAUUGACCACGAGAUCAAGCUCCGCAGCUUCAUGGUCAAGAAGUUCCAAGACGCUCUGCAUAUGGGCAAGGACGAUGAGGCCAAAAAGAAAAAAUUGGAGCAAGUACAGCGGGAGCGAAUGGGGGGCGAGAGCCUGGAGACCUACCAGGCCGUGCACCGGCUGAUUGUGGAGGUGGCCAGAGAGAACGACCUGCGACAGAUUGGCAAGGCCUUUGUUGAAAACGAAGGGAAGAGCUUUGCCUACUUCAACUUCAUCAACGAGUUGAACAACAAGAGCACCAUGCUGAAUGACCGCAUCAACAAGCUCAAGAAUGACAUCCUGCACAUUGAGCUGGACAAUAAACAGUGUGUUGAGCUGUGGUGUGGACAGGUCAAACAACUGGAGGGAGAGCUGAAACAGAAGUGUGAGCUGACCAACUCUCUAGAGGGCCAGCACAUGGGUGUACUCAAGUUCCUGGAUGAAUAUAAAGGUGCCAUCGGUAACCUGUUUGCUAAGAUGAAGUGUGAUCCCUCCCCUAUCACGGUGAAGCUAGGUUGCAGCGCUGAGGUCACCAAUGACAACGUGGUUCAGUUCAUUGGUAUCCUGGAGGAGCAGAUGCAUGAGCUCCUGAUGGUUCUGGCCCUGUGCAGCUUCACGCACGCUGAGAAGAUGGAGGUUCUUCCUCUAAACCCACUGUUGGCCAGUUGUGACCUGCUGCCUGGUGUGACCCACUCCACCAUCGAAGCUCCGUGUUCCUCCGCCAUGGACGACACCUCCACAGACUCCCUGCUGGGCCUGGGCAGUGAAGUGCUGCUGGAUUUCCAGAGUCUGCGUGAGCGAGUUCUUUCCUGUGUGAUGCGCACCGAGCAGGGCAAAUCUCCCAGGGCACCUUCUGCACAGCUUCGAGGGAAGAAGAAGAUGACGGGCUUCAACCCAAAGUCUGCCUAAAGAGCUGCAGCUCACAUCGUACUCAU